GGAGUUUUGUUUAUUGCCGUGAAGUUUUGUUUAUUGCCGUGGAGUUUUGUUUAUCGCCGUGACACUUGUGGGCCACCCUAUCGAAGUCUAUCGUUGACAUUAUUAUUUAUUAUGAUACAUAAUCACUAAUCAUGAUUCAUAACACAGACCGUAAUACCGCAAGCGCCCCCCCUGGGAUGUGCUGAUAUUGUGAUGUAAAUAUCUAUGUAGACGAUGUUAAUGUAAAACAAGAAGUAUUGCUAUGGUUGAAAUUUCACAAAGAAGAAGCGAAAUAGUAUGUAUUAAAAGUACUGAUGGUUGGUUAACGAAUGAUUAAUGUUCUCAACUUGUUUCUCAGAAUGCAGCACAGGAAGUGGAAUUAAUAAUGGCAACAAGCCUCAACGUUACAAUGGAGAGUAUUGUUCCAAAAGAUAGUCUUCUCUUGGAUAUUGCCGAAAAGAUUGGUUCCCAGUGGAAAGAUCUUGGUAGAAAGUUGGAGAUAUUAGAAGAAACAUUAAGCAAUAUAAGCCAUAAUUAUAACAAAGUGGAAGAAAUGGCAAAUGAAAUGCUUUUAACGUGGAGGAGAAGCAAAGGAAAAAAUGCAGCGGUUAAAAUGUUAGUUGACAAUUUGAUCGAAAUUGGCCGUCGAGAUGUCGGAGAAUAUUUACAAGCUUAUAUUUUAAAUGAUUGGGGAAGAAUCGAAAAAGGGUGCCAACGACUGCUUGAAGUAAUGGAUAUUACUGAUGAGAUAGCUAAGGAUUGGAAAAGGUUGGGAAUGAAGUUGGAAAUACGACCUUCGGAAUUGGAGAGGAUAGAUAUAGAUUUUUCAACUGUGAAGGAGAAGUCAUCUCAAAUGUUGUUGCAAUGGAAAAAGGAAAGAGGAAGAGAUGCUACUACAAGAAAAUUGGCUGAUGUCUUAAUUGCAAUUGGUCGUCGAGAUGUUGCAGAAAAAUUGCACCAAGAAGAAGACGAAAGCAAAAAUAAGGACAACCAAAGACAACCAAAAGUUCCGUAUGGCCUGCGUGAAUUGCCCAGUGACAUGGUUGAGCGGCCAUCACUUGUAAACGACAUUAUAGAGAAACUUAAGUCGGGGAGUAAUAGGGUGGGAGUUGUAGGCGUUCGUACGAGAGACAAAGUAAGUAUUCGCGGCAUGGGUGGACUUGGAAAGACUGUAUUAGCUCAGGCUGUUGCUUGGGUUCAAGCAGAACAGCGUCACGUAAUUUGGCUUGAUAUUGGACAAAAUCCAGACUGCCUAAGUCUUCUAAAUACACUUAUCAAUGAACUGGGUGGAGCAUUAACUUAUAGUAACGAAGAAGACGCGCAAUCUUGGUUGAGAGAAAACACACGGGACAAAGAUUGUUUGCUUGUUCUUGACGACGUAUGGAAACUAAAACACGCCAGUUUGUUUGACUGUUUAUCUGGUCGUUGUCAGUUGCUGAUUACAACACGAGACGCAGACGUUGUUUGUGCCUUAAAAGGCGUUGUAGUCAAAUUACAAGUAAUGCCUAAAGAUCAAUCUCGCCAGCUUUUAUACAAAGGUGCGCUUGUUACUGCUAAUGAACAAUCAACAUUUUCCUCCAAAAUGCAAAGCAUAGUGGAACAAUUGUUAGAUGAGUGCCGUGGUCUCCCGCUGGCUUUGUCGAUCGUCGGUGCAACCUUAAUGGAUACUCGUGCUAAACAGGAUUGGCAAGAUAUUUUAGACGAACUUAAGAAUGCAAACUUACAACAGCUAAAAAUAAAGUCUGAAGACGAUCUCUUGCCUGGUGAAUACCAAUACACAAACGUUUCGGCUGCUAUUGAAGUCAGUUUAAAACGACUGAGCCAAAUUAAAGCAGAAUACGAAGAAAGGUUUUUUGACUUUGCCAUUUUUCCAGAAGAUACCGACAUCCCAUCAGACAUUCUUGAACUCUUUUGGUCAUCUGAGAACAUUCCAGGGCGAAAUGCAUGUAGUGCCAAAGAAACAAGAAAAAUAUUGCGUGUGCUUGAGAGAAAAUCUCUCAUACAAAAAGGACCUGUAAUGGAAGAGAAAACUAGCUAUCGUGUCCAUGAUCUAGUGCUGGAUUAUGCUCGUGAAAAACUACGAAGCGAAGAUCUUUCCAAGCAAAGAUCGGUGGAGGAUGUUCAAAGUCAGUUCCUUGAUGCACUACGUGAACAAUGCACAAACCGCGAAUGGCCAUGCUUCAAUGGAAAAAGAGACUAUUUUUUUAGAUAUUUACCUUACCAUCUCCAUUCGUCGAAACAAUAUGAAGAACUUCAACGGCUCUUCUUCAACUUCCAUUGGCUGCAACAAAAGGUGAAAGAAACUAAUCUACCAUCUUUGAUAUCAGAUUUUCGAUUUCUUGAACACCCCUUGAACGAAAUCAAACUUCUUAAAUCGUCGUUAAUGUUGUCUGCUGAUAUCAUCGAAAGCAGUCCAAAUUCAAUUGGUCCUCAGUUGCUAGGAAGGUUGCUUUCCCAUGCGGAGGAGUUUCCAAGAGUAAAAAUACUGUUAGAUCGAGCCCGUGAAACUUGCUCUACGACUUGCCAUCUCGUUCCGUUGUUUUCAUGUUUAUCAGACCCCACAGGUCCGUUGAUAAAGAUAUUCAGAAAACACCAUGACAAAGUUUUAGCGUUGGUUACUACUGUAGGUCCUUCAGGAAAUGUGGUGAUCUCAGCGUCAACGGACUGCUUGAUAAAAGUACAUGAACUGGAAACAGGUCGGGAGUUAGAAGUGCUCCGAGGUCAUACAAUGGACGUCUACUGCCUCGCGCUGUCGCACUGUGGAACAAAGCUUGCAUCGGGUUCCUAUGAUUCUUCGACAAAACUUUGGAGCUUAGACACAUAUAAAUUGCUAUUUACCAUGGAAGCUGAAGGAGGAUUUGUCAAUACACUGGCUUUUAGCUUUGAUGACAAUCGUCUUUUCACUGGUUCAAAUGAUGGUAAUUUGCGAGUAUGGGAUGUAGCUAAUGGCAAAUUAUUAUUUGCAAUGGCAGCACAUAAAACGAAUAUGCAUAUUCGAGGCUUAUGUACCACCAGAGAUGGCCGUAUGAUAGCGACGGGAUCACUUGAUUUUACAAUCAAAUUAUGGGAUGCUUCUACAUUGAUUCACGUGGCAACACUAAAAGGCCAUACAGACACCGUUUAUGCCGUAGCAGCUACUUACGAUAGUAAAAUGAUUGUUUCUGCCUCUGGUGAUAAAACUUUAAAGAUCUGGAAUUUGCAGUCAUUUCGCGAGUGGCAAACAUUAAAGGGACACCAAGGAGAAAUAUACAGUGUCGCUGUAAGCAGUGACUCGAAAUAUAUAGUUUCUGGAGGACAGGAUAUGCACGUAAGGUUAUGGUGCUUUCAAACUGGAAAAUCUCUUUUUUGUUUUAAAGGACACAGCCAAUCUAUUAGAUCUGUUCUCAUAAUUUCAAAUGGUGCAAAAGCACUGUCUGGCAGUCAAGAUAAGACAUUUUUCAUGUGGGACCUGGAUACAAGUAAACGUUUGAACGACGGGUCGUUUCAUGGUCAUUGUGAAGAUGUAAUGGACAUUGCAAUCACACAAGAUGGCACGAACUGUGUUUCGUCAUCUAUGGAUGGAACAUUAAAAAUCUGGAAAUGUGACAAUGCCAACGAAUGCUUUAAUUUGAAAGGCCAUACCAAAAAAGUAAAAAGUAUUUCUAUCUCGAAUGAUGGCCGUCUUGUUGUUUCGCUUGGAAAAGAUUUUUUAAUUAAGGUUUGGAAUUUGCUCGAUGGAGCAGAAAUUUGCAGUAUCACUGGCGAUGAGCAAUCACGUUUAGUACGUUUUGAUUUUAACGGGGAGCUUGUUCUUAUUGGCUGCAAAGACAACAAGAUGUAUGUUUGGGACUGGCAAAACCAUGGUGGACUUAAAUGCGUCACGCUUCCGACAUUCACAACUGUGGAGAUUGCAUGGGAUACUAACAUUGUUUAUACCUGCAGCAGAAACAACGAAAUUUGUCAAAUUGAUAUGAAAUCUUAUGAAGUAUCACCCAUCUGUCAAGGUCCUAACCCAAGUUGUACAAAAAUGGUUAUUUUACCCAAAGGUGAAGCCAUUCUUGCUGGCAUUGUGAGAGAUUGUGUAUUCAUUUACUGGGAGCUAUCAUCUUGGCGUGAAAUCAGAUACAAAACUGAGCAUCCUCAAGAUUCCAUCGUCACAGCAAUUGAUAUUACAAGCGAUGGAAAAUUUGCUCUAACAGGAAGUAGUCUUGGGACAAUUUCACUGGUUGAUCUUGAAACGUCGAAAGUGGAGCAAAAGUUUGAAAACACGGAGUCUGGUGAAGGCGUACAUUUGAUUAGCAUGUUGCCAUAUGAUCUCAGUUUUAUCAUGGUUGACGAGGAAAAUCGAGUGGAACUAAGAAACAUCAAUAGCUGCAGUGAAAAAGUACUACUAGAUCAACCUUAUGUGAAAGUGAACUGCGUGACACCUCUUGGCUUGCAAUACAUACUGCUUGGCUGUGAAAACGGAAUUCUGUUGCUCUUUAAAUAUAGAGACAGCAAUCCAAUUCAAUAUAGAAAAUCCGCAUUUGAAGAAUCCGUGACCCAAGUCAAAGGUCAUCCAAAUAACGAAUAUCUUUAUUUUGCUGCUGGGACAGAAUAUGGAUCAGUAAAACUAUGGUACGUAACAAAAUUCACUCCUCCAAUAAUGACUGAAGUCUGGUCACAUGAUCGUCUUUACCGGUAUCCAAUAACAGCUCUCGCUUUUGUGCCUGAAACAGAAGAUGUUGUAUGCAGUUCUUAUGAAAACUUUGUGCUUCGGUUGAAUGCCAACGGAGUCGUCCGCAGGUACAGUUACAAAAGUUAUGGGAUUGCAGCGCUGCGUAUUGUAAGUGAGAUGCUUGUUGCUGUUUUUGCACAUAAAUUUAGUGUAGUGAAAUGGUGUCUUGAUGAUGGUGAGAUCGUCAAAAAGGUUCACAGUGACGAGGGUAGGGAACAGAUGUCGCGUGCAUAUCUUGCGCUUGGUGACAUGCUUAGUUUUGGGCAACCAACUGAUAAUUGUUUUAAACGCAUCGUUUCAAAGGGGUCUCAUGAUUCUCUUUUCUACUGGGAACUACAAACAGGCAAAAUUAUUCAUCUCAUGCAUGGUCACUCUCAUGAUAUUCGUGCUUUAACGUUUAUUCCUGGAGGAGAGUUUUUGCUUUCCGGCUCACGCGACAAAACGCUGAAACUUUGGAAUUUGAAAAAUGGACGAUUGAUCGAGGAGUUCCAGUUUGAUCAUUACAUUCUCGCGAUUGCCUGUGCUAAAAAUGGAACUGUUUGUGUCGGAUUACAAGGAGGGCAGGUUUGUUUCUUGCGCAUCAAAACAUUAGCAGCAAAUGCUCAGUAGAACUUAUGAUGAAAAUGUUUUAAGCGACAAUAUGUUGUAUAUUAUUGUUUUAUCUUAAUAGAUCAGGCUACUAAUAUAAGUGGGUCUAAAAUCAACAUGUCUUUAGCAAAUAAUUCAUUCAUUGUUCUUUCAUUUAAUAAAAAAAGCAUAUAGCAGGGGUAAAAUAUCGGGCUGAUUAAACAAGCAAUAACUUUGGGCAAUUUUCCCACCUACAAAUAAAGUCAUGACAAUCAUCAUUUCUCUUGAAAAAGCGUCGACUUUUUUUAAAUGGUAUUUUUGGUGAAGAGCAGCGGUUUUUUUAAGAUAAAAUAAAACGAUCAUUGUACAAUUUAACCUUAAACUUUCCUUGCUUUUUGAACAAUUAUAUUGUAGUUAAUUUUUAUAAUAUUUGAGAAACAAAUGAAACAUAGUAUUCUUAAAAUAGUUUCUUUAUAAAGUCAUAUUUAAUGUAUUUAUACUUAUAUUAUUUUAUUGAUGUAAAUAUAGUAUAGUUAUAACUUUAAAAUUCAUUUUUACUUACAAAACUUUUUAAAUAGAUCUGAAAAGCCCGUUUUAGGGAGAUCUCAUAAGAUUAAUAAUAUCAAUAACAUUAAACAAUAAUUAAUAAACACUAAAAAUACGUGGUAGUUUAGCGAAACGUUUUAGGCGUACUAUAGGUAGAAAUGGUCUGUAAAUAAGUAAAUGUGGUGUGUACAGAUAAUAUUCAGCUUUAUACAGUUAUUCAGCUUAAUUUCAGCUUUAGCUUAGUAUUUUUGUUCAGAAAUGGUAGUAUAGAGCUACUAGCUGGAAAUUAGAUUUUUAAAAGCUGAA